AUGAAUGACGGUCGCGAUGGGCCUAAUCGCGGGGCGCUCCAUGCGGAGGCCAGUGCGAACACCCACUCUAUGAACAACGCGACGUCUCCCGAGCCUCACAAACCAAUACCUUCGGCCGAAACCAAAACCACACAAUUGCCGCAACCAUUGUCACUGCAAAUAGAUGGCUUGAAUGCUGUUACCGUCGCCCACGGCGAGGGUAGCGGUCCGAACUCAGCCUAUAUUGAAUCGUUGGAGCGCGGCAGCGAUACAUCGGGCGAUGGCCGACGACUAGAUCUUUCCGCUAGCACCUUCACAGACUCUCUUUCCAGCAUUCCUUCAUCCUCAACCGAUGGUAAUAGCCAGUCGAAAGAGUUCGGUACCUCUCAUAUAUUGAAUGGACAUACAUCGAUACCGGGGGUGGACCGGGAGUUAUUGGAAUCCCAACUUCCCCCGCACAUGCAGCCGGUGAAUGGAGGCUCGUCAAUAGAUCGAUGGCAACCCUCACUAUCGCCUAUCAAAGCCGGCAAUGUUGCAAUAUCACCGCCACCAUCGCCAAAACAUUCACGCACAAGGUCGAACUUUGAUACUCGCCUGGCCCCAAGCCAGAAACGGACAGCAGCUGGCGACUUCAAAUCCAAUUUAGAUCCCCCGACAGCUCAUAGUACCGACGGGAAUGGAGCUGCACGGCGACGUUCGAAGAGUACGGGCUCGUCAGCUUAUGGGAGUAGAAUUGCACAGUUAUCGGUCCAUAUCCGUACACGUCUAUCAUAUGCAGCCGCAAAAGUAGAGCAGGCUCGACAGUCGCGAGAAGCUACCCCCCAAACCGCACUACAAACGCACAACAGUGCGUCGCCAUUGAGCACGUCGGCAGCAAGUGACAUCGCAUCAUUACAGGCAGGAAACACCACGCCUUUGUCACAAAGUUCCCAGACAUCUUCCAACGGGAACCCUCAUCAUUUUCCGAGCCAUAACCGCUCGCGAUCAGCAUUCUCAUCUAAUCAAUUCCUCCCGACUCCAAAACUAGCACCGCCUGUGGAUAUUAUCUCAUCAAAUGGUCAUAACCAGCGCCGUCGGCCGAAUCCUAACGCAGUCUCCAAACCUUCAGACCACAACCCUAUCUCCCGCCACCGACGCCAUCAUUCACACCAAGAGAACGGCCUCACCCGGCCAUUCAACGGCCAACAAGUCCUAGGAUCAGAAGCGCCCUUACUCUCAUCGUCUCACGCACACGCACCAACAUCCACGCCGAACGGCUUCUACAGAACCCGCACCCAAUCCCAAAGCACACUCAUGGAACAAGACGCCAUUGAAACCCUGAUGUUCAUGUCUAGCCCCGAGAACUCAGGGUAUCGUUUCAGCCCUCGUCCGCUGCAACCAGAGAGCACGCAAAGCAGCCUGAACGAGUUAGUAAACGCUUCCAGCAAUGGAGCACACCACAAUGGAAGUCAAGGCUCCCAACGCUCCAAGUCUCAUAAUGGUCGUGAGGCCGGAAGAAAACCAGGGCUGGAGGCUCAUGCUGGUGAUGAUAUCGAUCGUCUUUUGGAUCAAAUGGAUAGUGAUAGCGAGGACGAGGAAAGAUAUGCAUCAUAUCGUCCUCGAAUUAAUGGUGCACAUCCAUUUAGAGAUCAUCAACACCCGAGGUAA